ACUUACUCAGAUACGAAAACCUCACUCUUUACAUUUAAGCUAUGGUCUCCUUUCACAAAGUGCUGGUUGAGACCCCCAAAACUGAUCCUCCUUCAGAAUUUGAAGCCUUACCACACAAGAGAAAGUUUGAUGAAAAAAAACUCACUGAAGAAUUCUUCAAGCAGGAUCAAACAUAUUCAGAGAAGAGAAAACCCACCUUUGAUAUAGAGCUAAACCUGGAAACACCAUUAUCUUCCUAUCAAUUGCAUCAAUACCUCACUAUCCAGUCAGGGCAGAUACACUUGUGUAACACAAAGAUGAACAAAACAGCGGAUUCAAAGGGAAACCUUGAGGUUGGUCAAAUGAGCCUAGACCUUGAACUGAACUUGACAUGUGAAUCAUUGAAGAAAAAAGAAGAGAGUUAUGACAUAAAUGAGAAGAAGAAUUCUGGUUCCCCCCGUAAUUUUGGUGAAGGUGAUCUAUUGAAUGAAUCAAUCAAUCAUAAAAGGGAUUCAUGUGCUUUAACUCGAACUCCAUCAUGGUUAUCAUCAGAAGGUGAUCACAAAGAGAUGAUUGCAACUGUUUGUAUGAGAUGUCACAUGUUGGUCAUGCUGUGCAAAUCAUCCCCAUCUUGUCCUAAUUGCAAAUUCAUGCACCCACCAGAUCAGAACCCUUCCAAAUUCUUGAAGAGAAGAAGGUGCAGCCUCUUGUGCUAAUUAAUUAGCAACAUAAUUUCUAAGGAAAUGGCCCAAGCCUAUAUUAUCUUCUAAUUCCCUCUUGAAUAUAUGGUCCAAGUUUAUUUAUAUUUUAUAUAGCUAUGUUAAAAACAAGGGGUAUUUAAUCGACCUCUAUGUAGUGGUAAAUUAACUGUUAGGAUAGAUGAGUAAUGGGUGAUUGAUAAGAAACUAACCUAGUGUAUCAUAAUCAUAUCUAUGUACAUAUAAUUAAGGGUGUUCUUGAUCAUCCUGAAUUUAUGGCUAUUUCAGGAUUUGAAAUUAAGAAAGAUCAUUUUCCCUGACGAGGCCUCUUAGCUCAAUCACUACUGCAUGUUUCUUCAAGUUGUAGCAAAUGUUCUAUGUAUUGUCAUUUUCUUUUCCAGUUACUAGAACAGAGGCUUUGACAUGUUGCAGGGUCACUUAUCUUUUAUGUAAAUCAAGUUUGUGUUAAUGUGCUAAUUUCGAUACAAAAUCAGAAGGCUUUAUUCUUGUUUCUCU